AUAUUCCUCUCAUAAACCACACCGGGGAAUUACACACUGGUGGCGUGGAUUACGUUGAGUUCUAAGAUUUUUCCUAACAGGAUCUUACCCAUUAUUCUCUGGAAAUCCAGUUGGUCGCACUUUUGCAACCACCGCCCGACGUCCAUCUAAGAGCCAACCAUAAAGGUCUCAAUGAAACGCCGUUCCUCGCGCAGAGACUGAUCACGGCAGUGGAAGAGGAUGGCCGUCCACGCCGAGGGGAUCGUGGCUAUAGUGAUCUUCUACUUGCUUAUUCUGGCCGUGGGGAUAUGGGCCGCGUGGAAGAACAAGAACUCUGGGGUGUCGGAGGGCCAGGACCGCAGUGAAACCAUCAUGGUCGGCGGGAGGGACAUUGGGUUGUUCGUCGGUGGAUUCACCAUGACGGCUACAUGGGUGGGCGGCGGCUACAUCAACGGGACCGCGGAGUAUGUCUACCUGCCUGACUACGGCCUGGCCUGGGCACAGGCUCCCUUUGGAUACGCCCUUAGUCUCGUAGUAGGUGGCCUGUUCUUUGCCAAGCCCAUGCGCUCCAGGGGUUACGUCACCAUGCUGGACCCGUUCCAGCAGAUAUAUGGGAAGCGCAUGGGGGGGCUGCUCUUCAUUCCCGCACUCAUGGGGGAGAUCUUCUGGUCUGCCGCCAUCUUGUCAGCCCUGGGAGCUACUCUGAGUGUGAUCGUGGACAUUGACAUCAACAUGUCGGUGGUGAUCUCAGCCCUGAUAGCUAUCUUCUACACCCUGGUGGGAGGGCUGUACUCUGUGGCCUACACUGACGUGGUGCAGCUCUUCUGUAUCUUCCUGGGACUGUGGGUCAGUGUGCCGUUUGCCCUGUCCAACCCAGCGGUGUCAAGCAUCAGUGUGACAGCUAAAGAGGCUGUGUACCAGACACCCUGGCUGGGUAAGAUAGACUCAGCAGACACCUGGAUGUGGAUCGACAACUUCUGUCUUCUGAUGUUGGGGGGGAUUCCGUGGCAGGUGUAUUUUCAACGGGUUCUCUCUGCCUCUUCAGCUACGUACGCCCAGGUUCUGUCCUUCAUCGCUGCCGCUGGUUGCCUGGUCAUGGCUGUCCCUUCCGUCCUCAUAGGAGCGAUAGGGGCCUCCACAGAUUGGAACCAGACUACAUACGGGGCAAUUCCUCCCAAAGAGAAGGACCAAUCAGAUAUGAUCCUGCCCAUCGUGCUGCAGCACCUGUGCCCACCCUGGAUCUCCUUCUUCGGUCUGGGGGCGGUGUCUGCCGCUGUGAUGUCAUCAGCGGACUCCUCCAUCCUUUCAGCCAGUUCAAUGUUCGCCAGAAACAUCUACCAGCUGGCCUUCAGACAGUCUGCGACAGACCGUGAGAUCGUGUGGGUGAUGCGAAUCACCAUCUUUGUGUUCGGAGCUCUGGCCACCGCCAUGGCGUUGCUCACAGGGACAGUAUACGGACUGUGGUACCUGAGCUCCGACCUGGUCUAUGUUAUCAUCUUCCCCCAGCUGCUCAGCGUGCUCUUCAUCAAGGGAACCAACACGUACGGCUCCGUGGCCGGCUACGUCUUCGGGCUGCUGCUGCGUAUCGGGGGAGGGGAACCCUACCUCAAACUACCCCCCUUUAUCUACUACCCCGGCUGGGUGCAGCAGGAGAAGAUCCACCACCUGACUGGAGACGUGGAGUACUUCAUCCAGCAACGCUUCCCAUUUAAAACGGUCUCCAUGCUGGCCUCGUUCCUGGGUAACGUGGCCUUCUCCUACCUGCUCAAGUACCUGUUUGAGUCUGGCACUCUGUCUCAUAAGUAUGACUUCAUGGAUGCUGUGGUGUCCAAACACAGUAAGGAGAUCAUGGACAAGACCACGCUGGUCAGUAGUGACAACAUCAUCCUGUCGGAGAUGGCGCCGGUCAAAACGCUCCUCAGCACCUCACUGGCCGGGACGUUUACGAACACAGAGGCUCUCAGUGACGACGAGGAGUCCAGCCCCGAGUCCUUAAACAACGACCAGGAGUAGAGACCAGGACCCAGAGACCAGCACCCAGAGCCCAGGACCCAGAGCCAGACCUAGACCCAGAACUGACUAGAACCAGCCCUCCUGGGGACCUACCUUCCUGCAGAAUUUUGCUCCAGCCUUGCUCUAACAUACCUGACGCUACUAAUCAGCUGCUCAUCAGGAUCUUUAAUAGCUCAACCAGGUGUGCUAUAGUAGAGCUGGAGCAAAAGCCUGCAUACCAAUUGCUCUCCAGCAGAAGGGUUAGCCAGCCCUGAUGUAGAUCCUUGAACCCAGGCCCAGACCAGGUCUGUCCAGCCAUCCAGCCCCGUCGUGUUCUCAUCAUAUCAACCACUGACUGACUCUCUGUGAGUCAAACGCCACAGCCAUUUUAGUUAUCUGUUCUCAGUGCUGCUACAGUAAAUGGAGUCAUUAUAAAGGUAAGGUAAUCAAGGUAUAAAAUAUAACUGUCUGUCUGUGUCAAUAGGGAGCUCUGAGAUGGAUGCCAGCCCAGAGGGUGAUGAGAAUAAUGCAAUAUUUAAUUGUGUGUGUGUGUGUGUGUGUGUGUGUGUGUGUGUGUACGUGUGUGUGUGUGUGUGCGUGAACAAAUUCAUAUCCAUUAGUUAUGUGUCUGAAAUCAGCUUUAGAUUAUUUUAUUUAUUUAUUUAUAUUAUUUCCUAAUUUGUUUAGAAUGAAUUUACUAAUAGAGCAAUACUGUUUUUAGGGUCCAUGCUUUAAAUAUAUAUAUAUAUGUCAUUACAAAUCAUUACAAACUGUUGAUUGUUUUUAGUCUGUUUUUAUGUUGUGUGCUCAUAAUCUAAUUUACACACAAUAACCUGGUACAGUUCAGAAUACUCAGUGUUAACAGUAUUUUAAUAGUAACUGGACUUGAACAGAGCUGAGAAGAGAAACUCAAAUCCUAUUCGAUGUUGUCCAUGUCCCAAAAUCCUCCUCUCUGCAGGUAUAGAGGUUCAGUACUGUGCUGUUGUGUUUGAGGGGAACACUUGCUAUAUUUCACAGUCUUACAUCAGAUUUUUACUGAGAAACUACCGUGUGUCAGCAAUAUAGGUGACAAGACAUACAAAUACUGUAUUAAUGGCUAUACUGGUUGAAAGCGGACCUAGCUGUGGUUUUCAUCCAUCUGCAUCAGAAAUUACACCAUAUUCCCUAUAUAGUGCACUACUUUUGGCCAGAGCCACAUAAGGUUAGGUAGUGUGCAAUAUAGGAAAUAGGGUACCAUUUGAGAUGGGCCCUAUAAUCGUUUGUUACCUUCUCUAAACUGUUAUUGACUGCAGGGCAGCAGCAGAGCGGCAGAGGGGUUUGGGGAGGCUGAGAUUGCUCCUCCAAGGAUCGUAUCAAUAACCCGUUUGCACGAACUAUUCGAUUCUGCUCCGUUCGUUCUGUCCGUCUGCCCCGAGAACAUUUGAUUGGUGUUCCAAGCUGGUUAUGAGCUGAGACAGGAAAAGAACAGCACUGGUUGUUUUGGUAUCGGUGGUUGUAAUGAUUGGAAGCCGAGCAGGUCCUAUGCUGAGUGAAUGAGCUACCUUUCUGUUAUCACAGUUGUUACAGUUUGAUAGGUGAACGCUGACAGGCCCCGGCUCUAGCCUUUUGGGGGGCCUAUGUUUUAUGUUUUAAACUUCAUUUCCUGAAAUUCUACACAUUUUGCCAUGGAGUGUAGAGAAAAGGUUCCAAUUUAUAACACAUUUCAUGCAAUAGUACAUUUUGCUGUGAGGCAUAUGUUCUGCAAUUUUAUCAAUUUUGCCAUGGGGUGGAAAGAUAUUUUUGCAGUUUUAAAGCAAUUUUCCUGCAAUUCUACACAUUUUGUAAUGACUUAUGCCAUGUUAAUAUGAUAUCUGACUGAGAAUGCCAAACAAAAUUAAUGGGGGCCCGCAGGAGGUCAGACCCCCUGGGCAUUCGGUAUUCGGCCAUGAUUACUACAAGUUUGGAUAGCUGACGAGUUUAACUACCACUCUAAAAAUUGUUAGCUGACAUGGCUAACUGAGUGGCUGUCAGUAGCUAGGUUUCCAUUCAAUUUCCAUGCACAUAAUCUAAAAUCUGCAUAAAACAAUAUGCUUAUUUUUCCACCAGAGAUGUGUUUUCCAUUAAAUGUACUUUUUGCGGAUAAAAUGCUGUGUGUGACGUAAUGCAGAUAAAAAUAACUUUUGUGGUUAAAUUUCCAUUUAACGGUACGAAUGAAAAAUAAAAGUUAGAUGGGUUUCCUUCGCAUUUUCAGCUCUACUGAUGGUUUUGUCACAAAACCUUUUGAGUUAUAUAGCAAAUGUGUCCACUUUGGUCUUGGCACGUGCGCUCUAGCCAACAGCUCGCAGAUAGAGUGCAGGUAGGUUACCUAUGUUAUGAGAUUAUUAUGGAUAAGAGUGUGUUUUUCAAAUGGCAGCCAGGAAUCGAUCAUGUCACCAGAAGAAGAGCCUCAAUAUUUAUUGGAAAGGAGCAUCAAGUUCAUCACUGUGCACUUUCACCACCCUGUGAAGUUCAUCAUAACUUAUUUCAACUGCAGCCUAAUAAACUGCAUGAUUUUCUGAGUCGUAGUGGGAGGACCACACAAUAUAUCAUUGCGUCACUCUAUGUUUACUUCGAUAGGAUGGUUAUUAUACCAAUAUCUGCGCAUAAAGGCGCUUCCACUGCCAUUUCUCACAUAAUUCAUUUUACAGACACAAAAAGAUCACACCAUGUCGAACAAACACCUUGUCUGUUGGCAUUUAUAAAAUUGUAUCGGUAUUUCAUGUUUCCAUCAGCCCAGUCGUGACUUUUUUUAUGCAUCAGGUAAUUCAUGCUCAUGAAAUGGCUGGAUGGAAACGUAGUCAGUGAACUGACAUAAGAAGGAAAAACUGCUGACGCACAAGCAAAUUUCAAAAUUGCACCUGGUGUAUUAUACUACUCUAACUGUCAAUAGUAAGUUGAGACCCUGACUGACUUCCUUUAAAAAAAAAACACAUUUGUGGGGGGAGCCCCUAGCAGCCAGGGGCCCUAAGCUUAUGUCUCUAAUGCCUCAAACCAGCCCUAAACGCUGAGGAAGGUCUGUUGACCAACAGGUUGGUCAGAGAAAACAUGUCAAAAUGCAGAUUUGAGAUGAUGAUGGGAAAUGUGGUUGUUGUUUCGAUGUUGUUGAGUAUUUCUGUUGUCUGCUUCACUCCUCUCAAAAAGUAUUUGUUAGUAAACAUUUGCUGGUCUUAAUAUAUAGUUUGAAUCUGUUUGAAUCCGUUUGAAUUAUGGCCUUAAUUUGGGUAGUAUUGGGAGCUGCUCUGAUGCUAUGCAAAGUGUCAGAGUGGGCUUGGAUGUCAGGAAGUCUGUUUAGAAUGUAAUGUGAAUGUAAAGUUUCCUCUCCUUCAACCAGGAGACCGGCUUCAUGCUGUCUUAUGUUCUACAGUAUCACUGGAAAAUCAAAUCAAAAUGAAAGAAUAAAAAACAUAAUCAUUUGCUCAGCUGGCUAUACUAAAUGUGCUUCUAUGUUGUCAAUGGAAAUGUAUAUUUUUGUGUGAUACAUGUAUAUACCAACAAAGUCAGUAUAUGAACAAAUGUAAUAUACGUUUCAAUGCAACAUUAUAUAUUAUUUAUCCGUUUAGUGAGGUGAAAUUACAGCUACAUAAUUAUUUAUUUAUUUAUGCAGUGUCUAUAAAAUGAUGGUGAUUAAUAUGUGAGGUAAAUAAAUGACAUUAUUUAGCACAUUGA